AUGGAGGCGGCGGUAGCGGUACAACUACCACUACCAGGGCAGGCCCGGGCCGCGGCUGCUGCUCCCGACGGCGACGAGCGGGGGCAGCCGCAGCCGGAAGGAGGAGGACGCCACCAGCAUCAGAAUCAGGAGACGGAGGAGGAGCACGCGCAGGCGGUGUACUGCGCCGUGGGGAUUGGGACCGGCAGCGGCAGCCGGAACCAGGCGCAGGCGGCCAAGGAAUGGAAGGCCAACCUGCGCUGGGUGCUCGCCGCCCUCGCCCCCCGCCGGAGCAGCAGGCGCCUCGUGCUCGCGCACCUGCGCCGCCCCACUUCCCGGAUCAACAUCAUGGGGGCGUGGGUCCCGGUGAGCCAGCUUGCAGAGGAGGAGGUGGCUGCGUACAGGCAGCUGGAGGAAGAGAGGAUCGCCGAAGUCCUAGACGACCUCGUGGAAACUUGCCAUAGUCAAAAGGUGAAUGCGAGCAAGAUCAUCAUCGCGAGCGACGAUAUCGCCAGGGGUCUCGUGCAGUUGGUUGACGACCAUGGGGUCACCGAGCUCGUCAUGGGCGCUGCGUCUGAUCGGGCGUACAGCAGGAAUAUGCGGGCGCCAAGGUCUAAGAAGGCGCUGACGGUGCAGCGGAAGGCGAAUCCCUCUUGCAGGGUCUGGUUCGUCUGCAGGGGAAAUCUUAUCUGCACCAGGGAGGCGAGCGAGGGACAAGCACAUAGAGCUGAAUCGUCCACGGCUAGCACAAGCCCCAGGUCAAGCACUUCGGACUACUCGAGAUCGAAAUCCUCGCCACGCCUGCGCAGCAGCGAGACAUUCAGCACACAAGAAUCAGACGAUCCAUCAGCUGAACAGACUCCUGCAAGGAACCUUAACAUAGAGGAUUCAAAUAAUCAAGCAACCGCCAUUGCUGGAUCCUCAGCGGAGUCCAUCUCUGAAAUUGUGGGGGCUCAAGUGGAACCGGCAACUGUGCAUUUGCUACAAGAGAUUGAAGAGGACCGGGAAACGCCCGCAUCGGACGGUUCGGAUGCUGGUGAGAUGGAUGAUGCCUUGUACGAGAAGCUGAAGCAUGUGCUCAUGGAAGCUGAGAACAUGAAGCACGAGGCGUACGAAGAGACUCGCCGGCGUCAGAUGGCUGAGCGCGAGCUCGCCGAAGCGUCCAAGAUGGCCGACGAAGCAGAGAGAUCGUAUCAGAGAGAGGCGAGGCAUCGGAAGGAGGUGGAGGAGAUGGUGGCGAGAGAGCGCGCGGCCAUGGAGCAGGACAGGCGAGAGCUCAACGACAUCUUGGAGCAGAUACGGAAGGUCGACGACCGGAGCGCCGAGCUGGAGCUCCAGAUCACAAGCUCGGAGCGCACGAUGAACGACCUCGAGGCCAGGCUGUCGGAAUCGUACAACCUCCUGGACACACUCCAGCAAGGACAUCAUCCUUGCACUGCGAGGGAGUCCGCGUCCGCGUCCACGUCCACGUCCACAGAGGACGGCGGCGGCGAGCAGAGAGUGAGCUUCUUGCAGCUGGGUUACUCGGAGCUGGACGAGGGAACCAACCAUUUCGACGAGUCUGUCCGGAUUGAUGGCGACGGCGGCGGCGGCGACGGCGGCCGGGGCAAAGUGUACAGAGGGGAGCUGCGCAACAUGGCCGUCGCCGUGAAGGUGGUGAACCGCGACGUAGCCGUGGACGAGGCCCGGUUCGCCCGUGCGGUGGAAGGCAUCAGCCGGGCGAGACACCCGAACGUGGUGACGCUCGUGGGCGCGUGCCCAGCGGCGCGCGCCGUCGUGUACGAGCUGGUGCCGGGCGGGAGCCUGGAGGAGCGCCUGGGUCCGGAACCGGGAGGCGGGAACGGGAGUGGGUCGGCGCCGCCGCCGCUGCCGUGGCACGCGCGGUGCGGCGUCGCGUACGGGGCGUGCUCCGCGCUGGCGUUCCUGCACUCCACGCUGCCGCGGGCGACGGUGCACGGCGACGUGAGGCCGGCGAACAUCCUGGUGGUGGAGGACGACGCGCGGCGCGGGUGGUCGUGCAAGCUGGCCGGCCUCGGCGUGCGCGGCCUCGUUGAGGAGCGAGAGCGCCCCGGAGCCGGCCCGGCGGCGCGGGCGUACGCGGACCCGCGGUGCCUCGCUGCGACGGGGGAGCUGACCCCGCACUGCGACGUGUACGCGCUGGGCGUGGUCCUCCUCCGGCUGGUGACCGGGAGGCCGGCGUUCCUGGCGAGGAAGGCGGCGCGGGAGGCCGCGGGCGGCAGGGCGUCGUGGCAGGAGGUGACGGCGGGAGGGUGGCCGACGGAGCGCGCCAGGGAGGUGGCCAUGCUCGGGCUGAGAUGCUGCGGUGUGGACGUGGACGUGGAGGCGGAGGCGGAGCGGAGGCCGCGGGUCCCCGCCGCGGUGCUGCUGGAGGAGGCCCGCGGCGUGCUGGAGGCCGCGAUGAGCUCCGCGCCGAGCAGGUCGCCGUCGUCGCUGUCCGAGUCAGACGGCGCCCCGUCCUACUUCCUCUGCCCGAUACUCAAGGAGGUGAUGAGGGACCCGCAGAUCGCCGGCGACGGGUUCACGUACGAGGCGGAGGCCAUCGUGGAGUGGCUGGGCAGCGGCCACGACACGUCGCCGAUGACCAACCUGAAGCUCCCGACGCGGAAGCUGGUCCCCAACCACGCGCUCCGCUCCGCCAUCCACGAGUGGCGCCACCGCCAGCUCCAGGCCCACCAUCGGCUGCACUGA